AAUCUUACCGCAAAAAAUAAAUAAAACAUAUUUUCGAUACAACCGAAGAGACAGACCAUCUUCACCUCCACAACAUAACGAUCUCCGCCAGUUUUCAUUGGCGAUUUCUUCAAUAAAUCCAACUCUUAAUUAAAUAUAUACUUACACAUAUACAUACAGCAGCAGCGUAGCAUUAGCAUUUCUAAGCUCUCGUUCUUCUGUGAUCAUUUCUUCAAAUAUUUUUAAUUACAAUGGCGGCUACGAGAUCGAUACAGAGCUCAUUUGCAAACCCUAGCUUUGGAUCUCUUCAGAGCCGCAAGAGCGUUGGAUUUGCUUCGAGUGUCUUCGUUGCCAACAAUGUACGGACGAGUCAGCGCGCUUCUGUACGGAUCAGUGCUCCGGUCAACACUACGCGUGCUGCUCUUCAAGUUGAAGACCUCCCUAAGAAAAUUGAGAAGGUUGUUGAUACAUCAGUGAGUAUGUGGUCUGAGCCAACGGUUAAGCGGAAGACGAAGAUUGUGUGUACAAUUGGUCCUUCAACGGAUACACGGGAAAUGAUCUGGAAGUUGGCUGAGGCAGGAAUGAAUGUUGCAAGGAUGAAUAUGUCUCAUGGGGAUCAUGCAUCUCAUCAGAAAGUUAUUGAUUUGGUUAAAGAGUAUAAUAAUGAGCAUAAAGAUAAUGUCAUUGCAAUCAUGCUUGAUACCAAGGGCCCGGAGGUUAGGAGUGGUGAUUUGCCUCAACCGGUAAUUUUAGUACCUGGACAAGAAUUCACAUUUACAAUUAAAAGAGGGGUCGGGACUACUGAUUGUGUCAGUGUUAAUUAUGAUGAUUUUGUGAAUGAUGUCGAUGCCGGAGAUAUGCUUCUUGUUGACGGUGGUAUGAUGUCAUUAGUGGUCAAGUCCAAAGAUGAAGAUUCAGUCAAGUGUGAAGUUGUUGAUGGAGGCGAGCUCAAAUCACGAAGACAUCUAAAUGUCCGGGGGAAAAGUGCUACAUUGCCAUCCAUUACCGAAAAGGACUGGGAUGAUAUUAAGUUUGGAGUGGACAAUAAAGUUGACUUCUAUGCAGUUUCCUUUGUUAAAGAUGCUGAGGUGGUGCAUGAAUUGAAGGCCUACUUAAAAAGUUGUGGUGCAGAUAUACAUGUUAUUCCAAAAAUUGAAAGUGCAGAUUCCAUACCAAACUUGCAAUCUAUAAUUGCAGCAUCUGAUGGGGCCAUGGUUGCUAGAGGAGAUCUUGGUGCCGAGCUUCCAGUUGAGGAGGUUCCUUCGUUGCAGGAAGAGAUAAUUCGGUUGUGUCGUAGUAUGGGAAAAGCUGUUAUAGUGGCAACAAAUAUGUUGGAAAGCAUGAUUGUUCAUCCAACACCUACACGAGCUGAGGUAUCAGACAUUGCAAUAGCUGUUAAAGAGGGUUCCGAUGCAGUUAUGCUUUCUGGAGAAACCGCUCAUGGGAAAUUUCCAUUAAAAGCUGUCCAAGUCAUGCAUGCCGUUUCCCUGCGGACUGAAGCAACUAUUGUUGGUGGUGAAGCACCACCCAAUCUUGGGAAAGCAUUCAAGAACCAUACCAGUGAAAUGUUUGCAUUUCAUGCCACAAUGAUGUCUAACACCUUGAAGACCUCAAUUGUGGUGUUUACCAGAACUGGCUCCAUGGCUAUCCUUCUCAGCCACUAUCGGCCUUCUGGAACUAUUUUUGCCUUUACAAAUGAGAAAACAGUACAGCAGAGAUUAGCUUUAUAUCAAGGAGUUACCCCAAUAUACAUGCCGUUCUCAGAUGAUGCAGAAAAAACCUUUGCAGAUGCAUCAACUUUCUUGAAGGAGCAAGGUAUGGUGAAGGAGGGAGAACAAGUAGCUCUUGUGCAGAGUGGUAAACAGCCCAUCUGGCGAUUACAGUCCACCCACAAUAUCCAGAUCAGGAAGGUGUAAAAGCCUCAAAUUUGGUUGGCUGAUUACAUCCUUUUCUAGUUUGUCACAUUGAGUGUAAUUCUGCUUGUACUAUGACGCCUUUCGCGUGCCAUACAUGCGCUCUCUCUUGAAUCUUGUCAGCUCUAUUUUUUUAGUUGUUUUGUUUGUAAUCUUUAGUUAAAGUCAUUAAAUUAACAAGAACUUUUUGAUUAAUGAAAUAAUAUUAAAAUUUUCAUUUUUUUA